GUUCUUCGUACUGAAUACGAUAAUCCCAACUGAUAAGUAGAUAAGCAGCAUACCAUAUAAAUGCUAAUGGAAAGGCUAUAAAAUCCUUGGUUAAAGAACUCAUGAAAUAUAACAAACUUAGACGAAUAAAGAAGCAGUCCACAAUGUCGACCGACGUAGUUUUGUGCAUCUUCCUUUUAAUUGGCUACAUAUAUCAAGUAAAUGGGAGGCCAAAAGAUUUACAUAAAGUGAAGGACAUUGGUUAUCUACAGUACUCGGAUCCUGAUGUAGAAGAAGAUAUAUUUGCUUCCGUUCCUGAAUUUGUUUCAGAUUAUUAUAAAUCAGAAGUUUUAUUAAAUGAUGAUGCUUUUAAUAGAAUUUCAUUAAAUGAUGAAAUCAUGAAAGAACUUUCAUUGGACGACCAGGUUUUAAAUGCAAUGCCUCUGCCUAGUAAAGUAUUAGAUAAUAACGCAAAGGUUGAUAGUACAACGAGCUCCUUUAGAAAUUUUAUUUUAGGGUUUAUGGAAGAAUUUCGCCAAGUGCUUUUGACAGGACUUUCUGGACUCAAAAUUCCUGUUUUAGAUCCAAUGGUAAUUCCAAACCAGCUGUAUAACUACAAUGGUGAAACUGUUCAGUUACAACUUCAGUUUGAAAACAUCAAUAUCAUUGGAAUAUCUAAAUUUCGGUUGGAAAAGUUGAAUACGAAUGUUGAAAAACUACCUUUAAAGAUUAAUUUCACAUUGAACAUACACUCACUUAUAGUGAAGACCAAGUGUUCUGGAAAGGGAACUUUUGCUAGCUUUAUUCCUGUGUCAUUUGAAAACAUAAACGUCAAUAUAAAAGUUGAAAAGGUCGAAGUUAUAGGGUCAGUAGAACUAAUGAUGUUGAAUAAAAAACUGAAGGCCACAGGAGUGGAUCUAGAUGUUCAGUUUGGUAUGCUGCAGAUGGAUUUCGAAGGGUUAGAUACUGCAGAAAUUUACUCUGAUAUUAUAGAAACUCUUCAACAGCCAGUUAUUGAAGAAUUUAAGCCUAGCGUUUUGGGGAUUCUUAAAGAGAACUUCUUUAAACUCCUAAAUGUCAGGAUGACAGAAUUUGAGCCUUCAAGGUAUGAAAGCGUACCAAGUGUGAUGAACUAAUUAUGCACGCUUUUUAAAAAAGAUAGUGUUCACUUUUGCGACCUGAGUCAUAAUGUUACUUGUUACACCGAAAUCUUUUGAAGUACAAAGUUAUGGUUAUUAGAUAUUAUUACAAAACUAACGAUUUUUGCAUUUUUCUCAAAUUAUACGAUAAACUGAAUAUAUUAUUUUUGUAUAUAAUGAAAUAACAAUUUAAAAUAUUCUUCUACCUAUGAAACUCCACUAUUAUUUUUUGUCCUAUAAAUAUUAAUUUGUGUACAAUUAAUUUUAGAAUUGCUCAA